AUGAUGGGAGAAAAACAAACAAAAGCAAAAAACAACACGUCCGCGAAGCGCCAGCGCGCGAGGGAAGCAGAAGCAGAGUACGGCGAUCUCAGGACCGAAGAGGAAGAGAGCCGGGGAAGCGGCGGUGGGGGGGAAGAAACGGCGACCGGGCACUGGUGUAGAAGCGAGUAGGGCGGCCGAGGCAGCACUUGUGGCGAACUAUGUACCCGGCUGAUGUUGUUGCGCCCUGUUUCCCUCCAUGCUGUAUGCUAUAGUCUACCCUUUAUGUAUGUCCUUUUUAUUGCCUUCGGCCUCCGUGUUGUGUUUCUUUUCUUCAUGACCUCCCUGCCUACUCUGCUGUGUUGGGUACCUUGAUCUCGCCUUGAUGUUGCCUUUGUUUUGUACGUCUGGCAUCUGCCGCCUCUUUGUCCUGUUUGCUCUGUUACUCCCAUGCCCUGGUGCGCAGUGCCUGGUGCUGGUACGUUACCCUUUGAUUUUUCCUUUUAAGCGGGUGUGGGAAGCGUCCUCCUGUCCUUCAUUUUAUUUAUUUAUUUGUCUCUUUUUUUAUAUCGGUUUCCGAGGGCUCUUUUCUCGAACGGUCGGUGCGAUACCUGUUCUUUUCUUUCUAUCAUUGGGGUGUUUGCGAACAUCGGAAUUCGAUUUGAUUUCGAUCUUUUUCAUCCACCCGAGCGCCGAAGACCGCGGGAUCUUUAGGAAUUUGAUAUUUCGCUUUUACGAAUUGCCCUCAAAGACCGCAGAAAAGAUCAAAUUCCAUCUUGCUUGCAUCUAUCUUUUUGGGANCCCGAGAUACUCCCGACGUUGUCCGGACACAUGCCGCACCAGCCCGUGAGGCUAGCUAUGCACCCACACCUCGGCCGUGAUACACACUACCAUGGCGAGCCAGCUACAGUACCGCAAGACAGUUAGACAGUCGUCACUGCACGCCAGACCCGGUGCAAUGCAAUUUGCCGAUAUGGUGCAUUUGCGCCCUUUGAACCGCAGCAUACCGUUCUACAUGCUC